AUGAUAACGACCUCUGAAGACCCCGUGGUCCCGCCGGACACCGAUGAGGUGGACUCGGACGAGCUGAUGGGCUCCCAGUCCCGCCGCUGGCUGCUGGACCUGCUGGCCGCCGACAGGCCCUCUCAGAGCGGGGACGUGAGCCCGGUGGGCCGGGACGGACUCUUCGUGGAUUACCGCUUCCCGGUGGGGGAGCUGGAGAUGCAGUCCGGGGUCAGGUGGAAACGACCAAAGGAGCUCUGCUCCUCGCCUCAGUUCAUCAUCGAUGGAGCUUCACGACUCGACAUCUGCCAGGGGAAACUCAGUGACUGCUGGGUACUCUCUGCUAUAGCGUCUCUGGCGGUGCAUCCAUCGCUGCUCCAGAAGGUCGUGCCUCUGAAUCAGAGCUUCCAGGAUGGUUACAACGGCAGCUUCACCUUCAGAUUCUGGCAGUACGGGCAGUGGGAGGAGGUGAGGAUCGAUGAUUUGCUGCCAACGAAUGGCAACAAGCUGGUUUACCUCAGCUCCCCUGAAAGACAAGAGUUCUGGAGCUCACUGCUGGAGAAGGCGUACGCCAAGCUGAAAGGAGGUUAUAGAGCUCUGGAUAUGGGUUACCCUCAUGAAGCCAUGGUGGACAUGACUGGUGGAGUGGCUGAAGUUUUUAACAUCGCCUUGUCCAAAAACCUCCCCGACCUCCUUGGACACCUCUUGGCCAAAGGAGCACUCAUCAACUGUGCCAACAACAAGGGUCCUCUGGAGCAGAUGAAUGAACUGGGGAUCAUGUUCAGACAUGCCUACUCCCUGACGGCAAUCAAGAAGGUGAAGACGACACAUGGAGUUGUAGAUUUGGUGCGGAUCCUCAACCCGUGGGGCAACACAGAGUGGAUCGGGCCCUGGAGUGACUCAAGCAGUCCGGAGUGGAGCACGGUGAGCGAAGAGGAGCAGAGACGUCUCGGCAGAGUCCGCCAGGAGGACGGGGAGUUCUGGAUGUCGGCGUCGGACUUCCAGCUGCACUUUGAGGUGAUGGAGGUGUGCCACCUGACGGACGGCCUGAGCGAGCCCGGCUCCGGCGAGCAGCCGUGGAGCUGCGUCUUGCAUCACGGGACCUGGGUGCCGAGCAUCACGGCGGGAGGAUUUCCUCUCAGCGGCUUGUUCUGGCAGAACCCCCAGUUCCUUUUUGUCCUGUCGGAGGUGGACAACAACCCCAGCAACACCCAGAAGACGUGCUCCUUCGUUUUGGCUCUGAUGCAGAAGUACCAGAGGCGCAGAGGUGUUCACCUCAACAUCGGCCUGCACGUUUACCCGGCUCACCCUCAGAACACGCACCUGUCGCCUGACGACCUGAGCGUGCUCCACCCGGUCCUGCAGCAUCAGUACUCCUCGCGUCGGGAGGUGGUUCUGCGCGGCUCGCUCGCUCCGGGUCGCUACAUCAUCAUCCCGUCCACGUCGGAGCCCAACCAGCAGGCCGAGUUCCUCCUGCGGGUCCUGACGGAGCGCGGCAACGAAGCCACGCCUGCUCACAAACCAGCUCAAGACAUCUCUUCAGUAACAGAGCCUUCAUUUCCUCACCAGGCAGCUCUUCCUUCUCCUACAUCCAUCAGAAUUCUGUACAAGAAGCACUGCAACAAGAAAGGAUUUUGCAAACCGCUGCACCUCUACCACCUUCUGACUGAGGCCAUCCAGCAGGGAGUGUUGGCUGGAAGUGAGAAAUUCUUGGCUCUGGAGCACUGCAAGAGUCUGGUGGUUCUGAUGGACAGCCAAGGCAUCGCUCAGCUGAACUGGCCUGAGUUCCAGACUCUGUGGGACAAGAUCCGGAGGUGGACGGACAUCUUCUUGGUGUUUGACAAGAAUAAAACGUAUCGCCUUGAGUACCAGGAAGUGCGCCCAGCCCUGAAGGCAGCAGGCAUCAUGGUGGAUGAUCUGGUGAUGCAGCUGGUCGGACUGAGAUACACAGAACCCGACAUGACCAUCAGUUACCCGGGCUUCCUGUUCCUGGUCAUGAAGCUGGAGAGCAUGAUCCACAAGUUUCAGGCGUACGACAUGGUGGGACAGGGAACGGUAACCGUCAGCUACAGACAGUGGCUCCACAUGACCAUGUACAACUGACCCGAACCGCUCCACUUUGACACGUUCACCAGGAUCUUUUAUUUUAUUUUAUGUUAUUUUUGUGCAGUUGUCACUGCAGCAG